GACACCCAGCAGUGACAAGCCGAACGCAGUAGCACUGUGAGCUAAGCUCAGCCGCUGUAAGAUGGCGUCUCUUCUGCAGCCAGAUAGGGUUAUCUAUCUGGUUCGUGGAGAGAAAAGGAUUAGAGCGCCAUUAUCUCAACUUUAUUUUUGUCGUUACUGUAGCGAGUUAAGAUCGCUGGAAUGUGUGUCUCAUGAGGUGGACUCCCAUUACUGUCCAAGUUGUCUGGAGAACAUGCCGUCUGCUGAAGCUAAGGUCAAAAAGAACAGGUGUGCUAAUUGUUUUGACUGUCCGUGCUGCAUGCACACGCUGUCAACUCGGGCCACUAACAUCCCGGCUCCCCUCCCCGAUGACCCCACCAAGACGACCAUGAAGAAAGCCUACUAUCUGGCCUGCGGGUUCUGUCGCUGGACCUCCAGGGAUGUAGGCAUGGCUGACAAAUCCGUCGCAAGCGGUGGAUGGCAGGAGCCAGAAAAUCCCCACGCUCAGCGGAUCUCCAAACUGAUUGAGUAUUACCAGCAGCUCGCCCACCGAGAGAAGCAGGAGAGAGACAGGAAGAAGCUGGCGAGGAGGCGGCAGUGCAUGCCCCUGGCAUUCUCGCAACACACUAUUCAUGUGGUGGAGAAAUACGGCCUUGGAACCAGACUGCAGCGGCAGAGGCCUGGAGCCCCCAUAUCCGCCCUGGCAGGACUUUCCCUUAAAGAAGGCGAGGACAAGAAGGAGAUCACCAUAGAACCGGCCCAGGCCCUUGAUGAAGUAGAGCCCCUGCCUGAGGAUUGUUACACCCGACCUGUCAGUUUACCUGAAGUGACCACGCUGCGCCAGAGGCUGCUGCAGCCAGACUUCCAACCUGCAGGAGCAUCUCAGCUCCACCCCAGACACAAACACCUGUUGAUGAAGCGCUCGCUGCGCUGCAGGAAAUGCGAGCACAACCUGAGCAAACCGGAGUUUAAUCCAACUUCAAUCAAGUUUAAAAUACAGCUGGUGGCUGUGAGCUACAUCCCUGAAGUAAGAAUAAUGUCCAUCCCCAACCUCCGACACAUGAAGUGCGCGUCAACUAUUGACUUCGCAUGUAAACUAGCUGCUCCUGCUGCUUUAGGUGUGAACGUAGCAUCAGAGCUAGAGGACUCUUCUCAUCACCUCUGUCCUUUCUGCAGCAUCGUUGCCUUCAGGAAGUCCAACAAGAUCGGCUUCUUCAUCAAAGUGAUCCCUCAGAAAGAAGAAGACGCAGACGUCACCGUUACGUUCAGGAUGCGCCACGACUUCCGUAACCUGGCGGCUCCCAUCCGGGCCAGCGAGGAGGGAGGCGACGCCCCCCCUGAGCCCAUUUGGCUCAGCCACCAUGUGGAGCUGAGGCUGGGGCCGCUCGCUGCCUGAGCGCAAACAAAACCCCUCUGGAUAUCAUGAUCUGUGGUUCAGCUUCCGCCUUCAGCUCACCCGACUUCAGCAGUUGAACAAUAACCUUCAUCCGCAGCGCAGUUCAUCAUGAAUUUAUAGGAAACUAUUGUUGGCCGCCGUCUGCUGCAUCAGUCAGUUUCCCCUCUUUUUAAAUGAUAGCUGCUCUGCAGUGACGGGUUAUAUUUCACUACAUCAGCCUCCUCCUCUGUCUAAACACUAUCCGCUCUAUUAGUAGGAAGCAGCUUUCUGUGUGGGAGGUUAAGAUCUGUCGAUGUUGUGUUUUUCUUUAUCCCCUCUGUCUCUGUGCAGUUAUGAUUCACUGUUGGACAGACUGGGUGCAAACUGUUGAGACGGGGGGAAGCAAAUCAGUGGGUAGAAUCAGAAUCAAGAGAUUAGAAGGAUCUACGUCAAAAUCUUUUCUUUAUUCAUCCCUUCUCUGCAGAAUAUUGUUUUGUAUUUGCUUGCAUGCUUUAAUUAUAUGAAACAGAAAACGCAACAAAGACUUUAUGCUCUGCACUGUUCUAACAUACCUGCCUAUUUUAAUCACUUCUUACAGUUUUACUCAUCUUAGAAACUCUUUGAAAUGCCUUUUAAAGGGUAUUAAUCUAAGAUCGUCUCCAUUUUAUACAUGAUCUGAGGUUAUCUGCACCAUUUCCAUGCUUAUUUUAAAGCUGUAGGAAGCUCAGUGGAAAACGCUCAUGUAUUUGUCACUUUUUUUCCCCAUUUUCUUUGCAAACAUGACUGACCGGCCUGUUGGUGUUUGUGUUGUUAAGCUGUCUGACGUGUUAUCUUAGGAAAAAUGGAGCUGUACUCUACAUCACAGUUAAUCUGCACUACUGGCUAAUAAAAUAACAUAACAUGCUGUAAUGGAUCUAUUUGCUUUUAAUGAACAUUAUA